UUAAAUAUUUUAACAGGAGAAUUUAUGUACCAGACAGGCUUCCAUAUACCACCAUUUAUAUUUAUCAGUGCUGCAGAAUAAAUGAAAAAAUAAAUGGUCUAUCUAGAUCCAACUUUCAAGUUUCAACUCUAUAAAUGUAAAGAUACACUGAGUCCCAGUACUAAAGACACCAAGCUAGAGUCUCUCUUUGUGUUUUAAGAGUCUUUUUUUAAGUUAUUAUUAUUUCUUCACUACUUUAUAUGCCAGUUUCCUCUAAUAAGCACUACUCACAAUGGCCACUACUACUACACAAAAAGUGAAAAAAUCUGCUUUUGCUACUUGUUGUCCUUCCACUUCCAUCCUCCGUCGUGAGGCGACAGCAGCUACUGCUGUCGUAGGUGACGGUCUACAGAAGUGGACCAUCAUCCCAUCCUUGGAUGAUAAUAAGCAGAAGAAAACGUCAUCAGCUCUAGCGUCAUUGGCAAACAAUACUGAACCUCUUUCCUCCAAUACCUCAAUCAAAGGUAUCCAAAUCAUGCCAAGGGCUCAGACCUGCCAUCCGUUGGACCCUUUAUCUGCUGCUGAGAUCUCUGUGGCUGUGGCAACUGUUAGAGCUGCCGGUGAAACACCUGAGGUCAGAGAUGGGAUGCGAUUUAUUGAGGUGGUUCUGUUGGAACCAGAUAAAAGUGUUGUUGCUUUGGCGGAUGCAUAUUUCUUCCCACCUUUCCAAUCAUCAUUGAUGCCCAAAACCAAAGGAGGAUCUCUGAUUCCGACUAAGCUUCCUCCAAGGAGAUCUAGACUUAUCAUUUACAAUAAGAAAACAAAUGAGACAAGCAUAUGGAUUGUUGAGCUAACUGAAGUACAUGCUGCUGCUCGAGGUGGACAUCACAGAGGAAAAGUUAUCUCAUCUAAUGUUGUCCCGGAUGUUCAGCCACCCAUAGAUGCUCAAGAAUAUGCUGAAUGUGAAGCUGUGGUGAAAAAUUAUCCUCCCUUUAGAGAAGCAAUGAAGAGAAGGGGUAUUGAUGACAUGGAUCUCGUGAUGGUUGAUCCUUGGUGUGUUGGUUAUCAUAGUGAGGCAGAUGCUCCUAGCUGCAGGCUUGCAAAACCACUAGUAUUCUGCAGAACAGAGAGUGAUUGUCCAAUGGAAAAUGGAUAUGCAAGACCAGUUGAAGGAAUAUAUGUGCUUGUUGACGUGCAAAACAUGCAGAUUAUAGAAUUUGAAGAUCGAAAACUUGUCCCGUUACCUCCAGUUGAUCCACUGAGGAAUUAUACAGCUGGUGAGACAAGAGGAGGGGUUGACAGAAGUGAUGUGAAACCCCUGCAUAUUAUUCAGCCCGAGGGUCCAAGCUUUCGCAUCAGUGGGAACUAUGUAGAAUGGCAAAAGUGGAACUUUCGGAUAGGUUUUACCCCUAGAGAGGGUUUAGUUAUACACUCUGUUGCAUAUCUUGAUGGUAGCAGAGGUCGUAGACCCAUAGCACAUAGAUUGAGUUUUGUGGAGAUGGUUGUCCCCUACGGCGAUCCAAAUGAUCCACAUUAUAGAAAGAAUGCAUUUGAUGCAGGAGAAGAUGGCCUGGGAAAGAAUGCUCAUUCACUGAAGAGGGGAUGUGAUUGUUUAGGAUACAUCAAGUACUUUGAUGCACAUUUUACAAAUUUCAUGGGAGGAGUUGAAACAACAGAAAAUUGUGUAUGCUUGCAUGAAGAAGAUCAUGGGAUUCUUUGGAAGCAUCAAGAUUGGAGAACUGGCCUUACUGAAGUUAGACGGUCUAGACGACUGACAGUGUCUUUUGUUUGUACAGUGGCCAAUUAUGAAUAUGCAUUCUACUGGCACUUUUACCAGGAUGGUAAAAUUGAAGCAGAAGUUAAACUCACGGGAAUUCUUAGUUUAGGAGCAUUGCAACCUGGAGAAUCUCGCAAAUAUGGCACCACAAUUGCACCAGGGUUGUAUGCACCAGUUCAUCAACAUUUCUUUGUUGCACGAAUGAAUAUGGCAGUUGAUUGUAAGCCAGCAGAAGCACAUAAUCAGGUUGUUGAAGUAAAUGUCGAAGUUGAAGAACCAGGGAAGGAAAAUGUUCACAAUAAUGCAUUCUAUGCUCAAGAAACAUUGCUUAGGUCUGAAUUGCAAGCAAUGCGCGACUGUGAUCCAUUCUCUGCUCGUCAUUGGAUAGUUAGAAACACCAGAACAGUUAAUAGAACUGGACAGCUAACAGGAUACAAGCUGGUACCUGGUCCAAACUGUUUGCCAUUGGCUGGUCCUGAGGCAAAAUUUUUAAGAAGGGCUGCAUUUCUGAAGCACAAUCUAUGGGUUACACAAUAUGCACCUGGAGAAGAUUUUCCAGGAGGAGAGUUCCCUAAUCAAAAUCCCCGUGCUGGCGAAGGAUUAGCUUCUUGGGUCAAGCAAGACCGUCCUCUGGAAGAAAGUGAUGUUGUUCUCUGGUACAUUUUUGGAAUCACGCACAUUCCUCGCUUGGAAGACUGGCCUGUUAUGCCAGUGGAACACAUUGGUUUUAUGCUUCAGCCACAUGGAUUCUUUAACUGCUCUCCAGCCGUUGAUGUCCCUCCGCCUCUUGGAUGUGACUUAGAAAGCAGAGACAGUGAUGUCACAGAAAAUAGUGUAGCAAAGCACACUCCCACUGGUUUGAUGGCUAAGCUUUGAAAGAAUUUUUCAUAUGACAUGAGCCUCCCUCUCUUAUUACUGCACCAACGGAUAUACAGAAAAUAAAACUUCAUUUUUCUUUUGAUGGAGUAUUGAAUUAGUAGGUGCAGGGACAUGGGAUAUUACUAGUCUAGUAUAUGGCAUGUUUAAGCAAAGAAAGCCAUGUUUUGUAUUAAUCUUGAACAAUGUCACAAGAAAAACUAAUAAAAGCCGGUCUUGGAGCAA